GCGACAAAGGCAUGGUGAGCCCGGUGAAGAACCAGGGGCACUGCGGCUCUUGCUGGGCAUUCGCUGCAACUUCCACGAUGGAGAGCCAUGCCGCCAUCGCGAGCAAGGUGAUGACGGAAUUGUCGAGCCAGCAGCUGGUGUCCUGUGUGGAAAACCCGCGGGCGUGCGGUGGUACGGGCGGCUGCGACGGCGCCACCGCGGAGCUGGCCUUCGAGUACCUCGUGGACCACCCCCAGACCUUCGAGGACGUGGUGUCCUACCAGAACUUCUUCGGCGGAAAGGCCUUCAAGCAGACCCAUCCAACGCAAGGCGAAAAGGAGUAG